AGACACCGCGCGACUGCCUCACAAAAAGCCCAAUGAGAGGAUCGGGGAAGAGAAGGCUACCAGCGGAGGGGGGUAGCCGGCUACCUGGGAGGGUUUUGUGUCAUUUUUCGCCUUGACUUCAAAACUUAACCGCGACGAUCCACCAAAAAUACACAAAGCAUCCAAAACAUGAUGCUAAAGCGAACCGGAGGGCGUCCACUGGGCCUGUGAGUGUCGGUGUGUUGUUAAACCGCCGCCUCUCCGGGGGCUUCUGCUGUCUGAGUCCGUCCUGACCCGCGACUCCGCCGGGCGAUGACAGCGGCUACAGCCACCCCACAGGUGAUGAGAGACCGGCUGCUGCAGGCCAUCGACGGCCAGAGCAAUGUGAGUAUACCCGCUAGUUUCCAAAAGAAAGAAGUGCUCGCAGAAAAAGCAGACAGCAAUGGACACAAAGGGUCGACGAAGCGGAGGUUGUGUGUGUGUGUUUACAGUGAGGUAUUAUUUGUCUGCUAAUUAGUCAACCAAAAUCUCCACUCAGCAAAAGUAACAGUUUUAAAAGCCUGGCUGACUGACUGCUUAUGGCUUAUUUUUGUGCAUUCACAUUCUCACAUUCAAAGUGUUGUAAGACAGAAAACAUGCUGAUCUGAUUUAACAGUGAGAGUUGAGGUGCAGAUAAAUGUGUCUCAGUGACUGUGAUAUUUCAAGGGUCUUCAGUGAGUCCCAAUUAUUCAUCAUCUCUAUAUGCAAAUGAGCUUCUUGCAUUUUUUAAAAUCUCUGAAACAGUAAAAAAAAAAAGCAGAACUUAACCUACAGGCGGUUUGAAUACACAUCUUUGCAGAAUAAUGACCCCUUCCUCAUGUAUUACCAGUUUCUGAAAACCACUGAGGGUUUAAGUGUAAUUCCAAUUUGUAGUAAGUGAAGGGAUAACACUGGUUUGCUGUAAUUCAAAGGUGUUGGGAGCUAUUAAGCUUUUUGUUUUCAUGCAAGUCUGACCCGGUUUGAGUUUGGGAAGAAUUAUAGAUUUGCAUGUAGUUUCAGUUUUGUCAAAGUGAACCUGAAACCAGCAUGGGUACACGACCUCCUCACAUACAGGUGCACAUUUGAGAGUUUUACAAAACUGUACCUUCAUCAUCAAACCGCCUUGAUUUUUUCUCUAUUUAGUUUUUGCACAGAUGCCCAGGACUGUAACAUAUCAAUCUGUGUCUUUUCAGCAGGUAUGCAACAUGGUGGUGGUUAUGGAGGUCAUCUCCUUUUUGGAAAAAUAUCCUAUCACCAAAGAGGCCCUGGAGGUAGGUCACAUUUACAUGCAUUUAAUGGGAGUUUUAGAUUAAAGGGAUUUAAAUCCAAUCAAGUAUAAGCCUCUGUUUAACACCAAUCUUAUCUCAAAGGAAACCCGUCUUGGAAAGCUCAUCAAUGAUGUCCGAAAGAAAACCAAGAAUGAGGACCUGGCUAGAAGGGCCAAGAAGCUAUUGCGAAACUGGCAGAAGCUUAUUGAACCAGGGAAGGGUGAAGUGUUGUCCAAAGGACACACCGUUGCAUUGUGGUCUUCCAAUGGUUGUAUCUCUUCUUCAUCUGUCACCACACCAUCAGGUAAAAUUGGCCAAGAACUUAAGAACAGAAAUGACUUUAACAACUGCUCAGCCCCCAAGACGGAAAAACUUAGUCACAAGAAACAAAAGGGGGAUCGGAUGGGAGCACAGCUCUUGCCGGCGAAGAUACCGAAAACAACUCUGAAUGAUCAAAUUCAAAACUCUAAACAGCUGCUGACCAAUGGGAUUGGCAGUAGCUCUGAAAUGUUUACAGAUGUGCAUGCACAUCAGUCUUUAGAUAGGGAAGUUUCUGAGCCUUUGGACAACAGGCUAAGUAAAAACAGAGUCACUGCUGCAAUACCUCAUUCAAGUGCCCCAGGAUUUAGCAAACCUCCAAGCACCUCUAUGCUAAGAGCCUCUGUUCGGCAGCAGCAGGCCAUACAAGAGCAGUCUGUCUCUAGGGGGCAGUAUCAACCAAGAAGUCCACAUGGUUCGAUGCGCUUUCCUCAAACUCCAAAGCAGGAGGCUGGUUUCAAACAAAGCACAUCACAAGCACAGAGGCCUGCGUCUGUGGACACCUCUGUGUCAGGGUCUUCCACUCAGCCUUUAAAUGGUUAUGAUCAGGGUUCAUGGUCUGCAGAUUUGAAGAGCAGACCUCCCUGCACACCUCUUCUCAACUCAUACCCUUCUUCCUUUAGUGAUGGAGUUGGUUUUGAGGAUAAUAGUGCCGUCAGCAAUACAGAGGAAAAGACAGAACAGAAAUACAAGCCUAAGGACUGUGUUGUAAAGUCAGAUGGACAUGCUUUUGAAGAUAGCACCAAACCAGUGAGACUAAAAGACAGAAGGCUAACUUUUAACCCUGUGACAGGACAGAUUAAGCCCUCUUUUCUUAAAGAGCCUUGCCAGAAGGAAAUCCACAAACCUGAAUCCCACCUGUCUGAGCCAUCAAACACAAAACACACUCUACCCGUUCUUCCCAGUCCCUUCCAGCAGACAGACUGGAAAGAGCUGUCAAGAAGCGAAAUCAUCCAGUCAUACCUUAGCCAGCAAAGCAACGUGCUGACAUCAUCAGGCACACACUCACCUGGUGCACAAUUUUUCAUGACGGAGUACUUAAAGAAGGAAGAGCACAAAAGUAAAAUUGCCAAAAAGACACACACACUUGCACUAGAACUCCCAGUCAGAGAAAUACCAGGGGUCAGCAGAGCAGUCGUUGAUGAAGACCUGGACAGAUUACACACACAACACUGGUCUGGGGUUAAUGGUUGUUAUGACACAAAGGGCAUUUGGUAUGACUGGACAGAGUGCAUUCCUUUAGACCCACACGGAGAUAAGAACAUGUUAAAUAUUCUGCCAUAUGUCUGCCUGGAUUAAGAAUGAGGUCAAGAUCCUCACUUGGAAGUUGUAAACGUCCUCAUGGAUGAAAUUUUAAUGCAUUUAAUUUGAGGUAUUUUGCACCUUUGGGGGUCUAUGUGCUGCUGGCAAGAAUGUGUGACAUGCACAGGGAGUAAUUGGUCUUCUUGAUGAGUUUUGAAGCAAUGUGUCAGCACAAGACACAAAAAGGGCUAUACAUUAUCUGGCGGCCAUUUACUUUUGUGUUAAGUUACUGUACAGAUUGAGUUUCCAAAACAGCAGUCCUUCCUGUGGUAGAAGAAUUAACACAUGACUGCACAGCUACAUUUAUUAAUCUGUUUUUUCAUGUGAAUGUGACUUUUCUGCAUCCACUCCUAUUAAACUGACAUUGUAGUGUGUUUUAAUUUAAAAUAUGAUUAGAUACACAACUUAAGACACUGAAUCAGCUUAAUCACAUUUUAGUGGAGGGUCUUGACUACAAUACUGUAGCAAAAUCAAAUUUAGACCUUUACAAAUGAGGUUUCUGUUGAUAUUUUUCAGCUGCUGUGAGAGGCUGGUAUUAUCCCAACCAUCUGUAUUAACAGCUGUCAAGUGUUGGGGGUCAUGAAGUCUUUCUGUCAAGGUACUGUGCACCAGCAGUUUCAGUGAUGCACAACUGUCUCAUGUAGCUCAAAGAGUUAAUGACAAAUCUGUUUUUAAAAUUUACAUAUUUUCUUUUUGUUGUGAGAUUUGAAAGCUGUUAAACUGAGGGAUAUGAAACCGCCAGAUGUGACUGUGGUGUGGUGAAAGAGAGGCUUGUAUUAGGCAAGAACACUUGACACUGAUGAAAAACUGUGGCUGUUAUGUAACAUAUUUAUUUACAUUAACGUUUUCACUUUAGCUUGAAGUUUAUAUCCAUGUUUUUGGACGAUAUCAAGUCAUUUCUUGUUGGACUUCUUUGUUCUGGGUUGGUUUGGUGAUGCAGCAGCUACUUUGCUGCACAUACUGUACACUGACUGGCUUGAAACAGGAGGUACGAACACUUUCUGAUAAUGUGAAUUAAUUUUAUUUUGUAAUUCCUUUCCCUUUACAAUGUAUUUAGGUUGUAAAUCUGAAUUGAAGUGGCAGUGUUGCUAACUUGCAUCUUUGUACAAUAAGAAUGAGCCAGGAUUGAAUCCUCAUGCUGGAAAAAGUACUUAAUCAUUCCUUUAGGUCUUGUUUGCCUUAUGAUAAUGGUAACUUGUGUUUUUUCCUUAAGACAGAGCCUUAGUGAAUGUACAGAAAUGAUCCUUUUGUGCUCAGCUGAAAGCAGGAAAGAACAUAUUGGCUACUUUGAGUGGAUGUGUUGAUAUGUGUUAAUAAAAAAAGAAGGAAUUGCA